CUGACUUCUGUCAGUAAAAUUUAUUUACUUGAUUCUAAAGCAACAAUUUAAGAAGAAAAAAUGAUGAACAUUCACAAAAUAGGUAUGAAAUUAUGUAGACUUUGUGGAAAAGAAAAAGCCCGUGGAACAGAUGUUUUUGAAGAUAAAAUAAAAGGAGCUGUUUUAGUUUCAAUUAUCAAUAAAUAUUUUUCUAAAGAUGUAAUAAAUGUUUCGAUUUCUGAUACAUUUUCCAAGUAUGUCUGCAUGGAUUGCGAGCAAAAAAUAUGCAGCUUUGAUGAAUAUGUUCAAUGUCAUUCAACCAGCAAGAAGUCCUCCGAAAACACCAAGAAAGCCAUCAAGGAAAGAAAGAAUUCCGCUGCGAGACUUGUCAGCAGUCGUUUCGCUACAAAAUAUCUCUAAAGUCUCACAUGCUAAAUUUUCAUUUGGAGCCUGAUCAGAGUUCGGCGAAUAUUUUUGGAAGCAAUCCGCUGACUUGCACCGAGUGUGGCAAGACUUUCGCCACGAGAUACAAGCUUCAGAGACACGCGAGAUGUCACACUGGAGAGCGACCUUACAGCUGUAACUUUUGCAAUCGUGCUUUCUCGCAAACUGGCAAUUUGAAAUUACACUUGAGCAAGUGUUCUCGCGGCAGCAUGAUUCCUGAAGGAAUCGACGUGUCGGGUGUUGAUUACGAGUGUCGAGAAAAUGAACCAGAGUUGACUAGUCAAAGACUGGAACCCUUCCCGCCUGUUUACAUCACAGAAAGCGAAAUCCAGAAGACAAUUAAUGAAACUAUCAACUCGACGGAUCCUAAUUCCUCGUCAUAUUUAAUUAAAAGCUAUGACAAUCAAAUUUAUAUAGAUGAUGAAAUUGAAACAAUUCUUGAUCAAGAUUUGGGACAUCUUAAUGCUGAUAAAUAUCCUAACACAUCAGACAAAAUGUCUCUUUGUUUAAAACAGCCAGAGACUCCGGAAUUGUUACACAGUUUACUGUAUGAUGUUUAA